AUGAGUCUUACAAGGAAUAAGAAUAGGGCUAGGUUGUCACCCAGAAGUGACCCACAGAUACAUCGCCCUAACUCUGUGGACAUGCAAGGGCUACUGCAUCGGGAGCGAGUGCGGCUAAAGAAGCAAGCUCGAGAACUACAAGUAGAAACAUUAAAUGUUAGUACAAUGACAGGAAGAGGGUGGACAAUAGCUGACCUUAUGAAAACAAGUCGAGUAGAUAUUCUCUGUGUACAGGAGACAAGAUGGAAAGGUAACAAAGCGAGGGAACUUGGGGAGAGGUAUAAGAUGUUCUAUAGCGGAGCAAAUAAAGAAGGCAGGAAUGGUGUUGGAAUAAUUCUGUCAAGUGAAAAGAAGGAAAUUGUUGAAGUAAAUAGAAGAAAUGAUAGGAUUAUUUGGGUCAGGCUGAUGGUUGAAAAUUGCACUGUUAACAUCUUUAGUGCAUAUGCACCCCAGAUAGGAUGCUCAGAUGAAGAGAAAGAUCACUUCUGGUCGGACUUAGAGGAGGAAAUGGAAAAGGUGCCAGCAGAUGAAAGAUGCCUUGUUGGGGGAGAUCUGAAUGGGCACGUAGGCCAGAAUAACCAUGUGAUCAGCCGUAUACAUGGUGGGUAUGGCUAUGAUGAAAGAAAUGCAGAGGGUGAGAGAAUUGUUGAUUUUGCUGUGUCAAAGGAUAUGGUACUGGCGAACACUUUUUUCACCAAGCGGCAAGAACAUACAGUUACGUACAAAAGCGGUGGAAGGUCCAGCCAGAUAGAUUACUUGAUGUAUAAAUGUGCAACAUCAUUUAGUAGUGAUGGACUUGGUUAUGGAAAUUGA